AAUUAUUUGAUUUUAUGAAUAAAAUAUUUCGUAAAAAAAUUGUCAUUUAGCUCCCUAAGUCCCAAAAAAAAUAUCCGAAUAGUGUCACCAACUCUUAUCUUUGUUUAUUCAACCCAUCUUUUUUAGAUAAACUUUCACGUUUUUUCUUAAUUUUGCGAAUUCCAAUACAGACCGAACCGCCUUUCUCUUCGCUAUAUAUAAAUAUACAGAGAGAGUAGAAAAUUCAGCUCAUUGUAUUGGAUCAUCAAUUCUUUGAAAUCUGAGAUUAACAAUUAUGGAUAAAGCAAUCGAGAGACAAAGAGUUCUUCUUCAACAUCUACGUCCUUCACAGACGUCUUCUUCUUUGGAAAACAUUGAAUCAUCUAUUUCUGCAUCUGUAUGCUCUGCUGGAGACAGUGCUGCUUACCAGAGAACUUCUGUUUUUGGUGAUGAUGUUGUCAUAGUUGCUGCAUAUAGGACUCCUCUUUGCAAAGCAAAGAGAGGAGGCUUCAAGGAUACCUAUCCUGAUGAUAUACUUGCUGCAGUUCUAAAGGCGGUGAUUGAAAAGACUAAUGUGAACCCUAGUGAAGUUGGGGAUAUUGUUGUCGGCUCGGUUUUGGCCCCAGGUUCCCAGAGGGCAAGCGAGUGCAGGAUGGCUGCAUUUUAUGCUGGUUUUCCUGAAACUGUGCCAAUUAGAACUGUAAACCGGCAAUGUUCAUCAGGCCUUCAAGCAGUUGCUGAUGUAGCUGCAGCUAUUAAAGCUGGAUUUUAUGACAUUGGUAUUGGUGCUGGAUUGGAGUCUAUGACCACAAACCCAAUGGCUUGGGAAGGAUCAGUCAACCCAAAAGUCAAGACAAUGGUACAAGCUCAGGACUGUCUUCUUCCUAUGGGUAUUACUUCUGAGAAUGUUGCACAUCGCUUUGGUGUGACAAGGCAGGAACAAGACCAGGCUGCGGUUGAUUCGCAUCGUAAGGCUGCUGCGGCCACUGCUUCUGGAAAAUUCAAGGAUGAAAUAAUUCCUGUAGCCACAAAGAUUGUUGACCCAAAAACUGGAGAUGAGAAACCAGUAACCAUCUCUGUUGAUGAUGGAAUACGACCAAAUGCCAGUGUGUCAGACUUGGCAAAAUUGAAGCCAGUGUUCAAGAAGAGUGGAACUACUACUGCUGGGAAUUCCAGCCAAGUAACUGAUGGUGCUGGAGCUGUACUUCUAAUGAAAAGAAGCAUUGCAAUGCAAAAGGGACUUCCUAUCCUUGGUGUAUUCAGAACCUUUGCUGCCGUGGGUGUAGACCCUGCCAUUAUGGGAAUUGGUCCAGCUGUUGCAAUUCCAGCUGCUGUCAAAUCUGCAGGCCUUGAACUUGAAGAUAUUGAUCUCUUUGAGAUAAAUGAGGCAUUUGCAUCACAAUUUGUUUAUUGCCGGAAGAAGCUUGAACUUGACCCAGAGAAGAUCAAUGUCAAUGGAGGUGCAAUGGCCAUCGGGCAUCCUUUGGGUGCUACAGGAGCUCGGUGUGUUGCAACACUGUUACAUGAGAUGAAGCGUCGUGGAAAAGACUGUCGCUUUGGUGUGGUGUCCAUGUGCAUAGGCACUGGAAUGGGUGCUGCUGCAGUCUUUGAAAGAGGAGACUCCUGCGAUGAGCUACGCAAUGCCCGUAAAAUCGACAGUCACAACCACCUUCUAUCUAAAGAUGCUCUUUAAAGAGAGGAAGGCAUAAACAAUAGUUU